GAUAUGCUGCCUGUGUAAUUAUUUGAGUGUACAGUAAUCUAGUGAUGAAGUGACGAACUCCUGGAUGAACUAAACUCGCAUCUAUUUCGACGACUUCUUGUUUUUUUUUAUUGAAGGACACCAUUCUGACUGACGACUUUACUGUUUUACUUUUUAAAGUUGAAGACCAUCUUCUUGUGGAUUAAAAGUUAAAUUUCUUCUUUCUGGUAGCAACUUCUUUUCUUUUCUUUUUGUGACCAUGGCAUUAAUUAUAAUUUUUGCAUAUUUGACAACUGUCAUCAAUCUGGUGAGCACCAGCUGCCCGGCUGUGUGUGAGUGUCCAGCGGCGCCCCCUAUGUGCCCUCCAGGGGUGAGCAUGGUGUCUGACAGCUGCGGCUGCUGCAAGGUGUGUGCCGCCCAGCUCAACCAGGACUGCGAUCCCACGAUGCCUUGCGACCAUCACAAGGGGCUGGAGUGUAACUACGGCAACGAUGUGACCCUGGCUUUGGGCAUCUGCAGGGCGAGGAGGGAGGGCCGGAGCUGUGAGUACAACGGGCAAAUCUACCAGAACGGGGAGAGCUUCCGGGCCGGCUGUAAACACCUGUGCACCUGCAUCGACGGUGCCGUGGGCUGCGCCCCUCUCUGUGCCAACCGGCUCCCGCCCGCCUCGCCCACCUGCCCCUACCCGCGGCUGGUCAGGGUGCCGGGCCAGUGCUGCUUCAGCGUGGACUGCCACAAGGGCACUUGGCGACUGCCACCCAAAUAUCAGAAGCCUUGGCAGCCUCAGCCUCGACCCUACCAGCCUGAGAGCGACAACACCGUGGGCAACGAGCUGGCCGAGAGGGCCAAGGGCUGGGAGGAUGAACAGGGAUACAAACACCUGCCUGUCUGGAAGCAUCCUCAGGAGAAGUGUGUUGUCCAGACCACCGAUUGGUCCCAGUGCUCACGGAGCUGUGGGAUGGGCGUGUCCUCGCGCAUCACCAACGACAACGCCCAGUGCAAACUGGAGAGAGAGACGCGCAUCUGUACCAUUCGACCUUGUGGGAGCAUAGCUUUACCCUCAAAGAAAGGGAAAAAGUGCUCCCCUACCCAGAAAUCCCAGGAGCCCAAGCGUCUAUCCUACGGCGAGUGCCAGAGCGUCCGCCUCUACCGGCCCAACUACUGCGGCGUGUGCACGGACGGCCGCUGCUGCUCCCCGCGCCGCACGCGCACCGUGGCCGUGACCUUCGUCUGCCCAGACGGCGAGCGCUUCCAGCGCCAGGCCAUGUUCAUCCAGUCCUGCAAGUGCGGCGAGGACUGCGGCCAUCUCAACGAGGCAGCGCUGCCCCCGCAGCACUGGAUGUACGGAGACACGCACAAGUUCGUCGACUAGACGAGCCGGGCGGGCUCCUGGUCGUCUCUGGGAAGGAGGACAUGUUGAAGGAGGACUUUGCUCCCUCAGACUUUUAAUAAGACAACCAACCUUGAACUAUCUGACUAUAAUGGGCGGGCCUAGAAUAUGUUGUGUGUGUGUGACUACGGGGGUAGGGAAUGAUUGACAGGUGAUUGUCUCCUAGGGGUUCCACCAGACAUGGGUCUUAGAAUAGUCCUGCAGGGUGAGUUAACGAGCAGCACACAGGUGCUGGGACAGGUGACUAUGGGGGCCUGAUCAUGAGGCCUUCACGACAAAGAACAAGGAGAUACACACACCAUCACAGAGCUGUUCAGUGUAGGGAUAAUCUAGGAUCUGUACGGGGACAACAAAUUGGACAUGUUGCCCACAUACAGCUCCAUAAGCGUAACGCAAAGGCAGUACAGGAACCAUUGUGUUACCAAGAUUUCCCAUAAUGCACUGACUACGAUGAGGCAGGAGGAGCGAGGAAGGGGCCUGAUUGGCUAAAAGAUAAACAUGGACGACCGUGGACGUUAGACACGCUGAGCGCUUCAACGAACACUAUUUAUUCUUUGUUCAAACGCCGAGCUAUGAAGAGGAACGUUGUUCCCGACGCGAGCAGAGGGGAAGAUGACGAGCCACCUGUAAGCAGAGAUUUAUGGAUGGUAAUUAAAGAUAGCCCACGCUCCUUUUAGCUCCAGUGACUUCUAUACUAUAAGGAGCUCUGUGGAGGACCGAGACGCAUGCAGAGGACUGAACUCAUUCCAAAUCAUUUCAGAUGACCUCUGUUCUCUCAACAUGAAGGAAUCCAACACAGAUCAGUCGUUUUAUUUGUAACCCGGGAGCCACGUCAAUCUCAACCUUGUAAUGUUUAAUAACCUAAGACUGUAAAAUACAUUUAUUUAAUCUAUUUAAACUGUGUGAUUCAUGAGACGGCCUAUGUCGUGAACAUUAGAGGUUUAUGAUGUGGCUGCAUACUAACAAAAGGGAAAUGACCUAUUUUCUCUUAGUCACAGCUGAUCUGGUGUGUGUACGUGGGUUCCUGUGUGUUCUUGUGUGGCAGGCAUUUGAUGAGGUGGGAAUUAAAGAGGUUGAUAAACUCAAGAGGCUAGUGGAGUGUUCAAAUGGGAUCAUAGUGCCACCUACUGAUAUGGCUGGUAAGGAUUAAAUUAUUUCAAGGGAUGAAUCUCGCUUAUCAAAUGUCAUUUACAUAUGCAAAUUAUGUGGAUAGUCUGAAACGCUAGUGUGUAUAUAUAUAUAUAUAUAUAAAUAAAAAAAACGCACCAACACUCAAAUGACAUUGUAUAAAAAGUUUAAUUUCAUUAACCAAAAAUACAACCACGAUUAUAACAAGAGCAACUUUUAAAACUGACACCCCCGGGAAAAAUAAUUAUAAAAAAAAAAAAAAAAGUUGCAUUGGGAACUCAUUUUGGGACAUAAAAUUAGGGGGAGGCUUUAAAAUAAACUGUCAAGAUUUUUU